AUGGCAAUUACCACCAAAUACACGCUUGGACCGUGUCAAAACCAGACCACAAUACAGAGCUUGGACUUUUUGACUUUGAUCGGCCAUCAGGAAAAUUUACUCGGAGUUAUGAUUGUUGUUGUGCAUAAUUACAUGAUGAAACCCAGAAGAGAAUUUCAGAAAAUGUUCACUUACGGGCUGAUGAAUCGAGCCAAAUCAUUUCUCUUGUCUACCGUCACAUUGGCGGCCUUAAUCUUAAUAGUCAUCUUCGAAGAUAGUGUCAUUUCUGAUGCUUCUCUGCAGUCCUCUGGAGGAAUUCCAGAGAGGCUACAGAGCAAAGUUGGAGAAUCCAAGUCGAUUCCAUUGCUUUCUGUGCGAGAAGUGACUGAAAAAGCGGAUAUGAGUAACAAUCGGAGGCCUCUAAAUUCUCCAUUUAGUCUCAGGGAAGAAGGAAGAACGGGAUGGCUAAAAAAUACACCACCCGAGUUUGAGAUUUUCAAGUCAGACAGAUUGACAAAGAGAUUUCACAGCCGGGUUCUUGAUUUUUUCAAUCAUGAUUGUGAGGUUCAGGCUUUCAUGACAUGGAUUUCUCCAGCAAGGUCUUUUGGAAGAAGAGAAUUAUUGUCUGUGGAAUCGUUUUUCAAAGUUAAUCCUCGUGGAUGCUUGAUGAUUCUAUCAAAAACUCUUGAUUCUACAAAUGGGUACACAAUCCUCAAACCGAUACUCGACCGAAAGUUCAGAGUCAUUGCAGUGACUCCAGACUUGUCAUUUCUCUUCAGGAAUACGCCAGCUGAAGCCUGGUCCAAAGAAAUGAUGAGUGGAAAAAAGGAUCCUGGUGAGAUUCCUCUAGCUCAAAAUCUAUCUAAUUUAAUCAGGCUUGCAGUUUUAUACAAGUAUGGAGGUGUGUACACUGAUACAGAUUUCAUCUUUCUAAAAAGUUUCAAAUGGUUGAAAAAUUCUAUUGGAGCGCAAAGCAUGGAUAUGGAGUCAGGGAACUGGACUAGACUGAAUAAUGCUGUUCUGAUAUUUGACAGGAACCAUCCUCUUCUUUUCAGAUUCAUGGAGGAAUUUGCAGCAACAUUUGAUGGAAAUAGAUGGGGGCAUAAUGGUCCCUACCUUGUUUCCAGAGUAGUUCAAAGAUUUGAAAGAAAGCCCAGUUUUAACUUCACAAUCUUGCCGCCAAUGGCAUUCUAUCCUGUUGAUUGGAACAGAAUUGCUGGGCUUUUCAAGAUGCCAGAAAACCCGGCAAGUUCAAAAUGGGUGAAAGCGAAGAUGCUUCAGCUAAGUGGACAGACUUACGGGGUACACUUAUGGAACAAAGAAAGUAAACGAAUCAAAAUCGAAGAAGGAAGCGUCAUCGGAAGAUUAAUUUCCGAUCAUUGCAUCUUUUGUGAAGACAUUUACAGUUCUUAAUUCGAUUGAAUAGAUAAUCAUGUAGCAAAAUUACGGACUUGGAGUUUGAUUUCUAGAGUUUUGUAAUUAAUGUACAGAUCAAAGAAUUGAGAAGAAAUACAUUCUACUACAUCUUUCUUCCGAAAAUCAUAAUCCUAAGCCGUCUUAAUCUCAGCCUAAACCUGAAGCCUCUGCAUAUCCAUAGACCAAAACCUGGCAAUCUCCUAUAUGAUUGUUUCCUUCUCAAUUUGCGGUUGAUCAUUUUUGGCUUCAUAU